AUUGUAUUUGUUUGUCUGCAUAUAAGCAUGUGGAAAAUGAUUUGAAUGAAUCGUUUCAAUUACAAACACGUGUUCUCCUGUUUAAUUGCAUUUUUCCCAAUAUGUUUAUUUAUAUGUUUCUCUGCAUCCAUGGAGAAAAACUGCUGAAGGGUUUCAUUCUACAAAUAAGAUAAUCCUCUUGUCUUGCUCUUCCCCCUCUUCUGUCUCGUUGCUCUUGUUUUAUGAUGUACAGAUCAUCCUUUUUCACAUGUGAACAGAUUAAUUUUUCAUGAUAUUUACUUGUAAAGAAAAUGAGUAAUAAUGUCUUAAUUUGUGGAUUACAUUGUUGUGGAGAGAGAAAAUGACAUUUUGGUGAUUCUUCGAUCAAGUGGAGCCAUACCAUUGAGGGUUGCAGUUUCCAAGAAUUUGCUAAUUUUUCUUCAUUGUCGCACAGACUGACUUAAUAGGUUACAGUAACAAUGGUAGCCGCUGCUCCAAUGUCCACCCUUCUCCUAAUAGCUUCUUCAGCUUCAGAUGCCUCAGCUAAAACUCCUGGAAAACUCCAAGGAAGGACAAUUAUGUUUAAAUCGAAUUCCCUACAUUCCGUUGAGCGCUUUGUACGUGCUUCUCCCAAGGUAAAUGGGACCAAGCCAGACAUGCAUGCUGACCUCUCUGGUUUAGGAAAGACUGUGCAAGAUGGUAUGAUAUUUUGUCAAAACUUCAACGUCAGGUCAUAUGAAACAGGGGCUGAUGGUAAUGCUUCCAUAGAGACUUUGAUGAACUAUUUUCAGGAAACAGCACUUUGCCAUGUAAAGACUGUAGGACUGUUGGGUGAUGGCUUUGGUUCAACUCCGGAGAUGUACAAAAGAAAUUUAAUUUGGGUAGUUACCAAAAUGCAGGUUAUUGUAGAUCGGUAUCCUACUUGGGAUGAUGUAGUUCAGGUCGAUACUUGGGUAGCUGCAUCCGGGAAGAAUGGGAUGCGCCGAGACUGGGUUGUACGUGAUAGCAAUACUGGUGUCACAUUAACUAGAGCUUCGAGUCAAUGGGUGAUGCUGCAUAAAGAGACCAGGAAGUUGGCCAAAAUGCCAGAUGAGGUCAGAGAGGAAAUAGGAGGCUAUUUUGUGGAUUCUCCUCCUGUUGUGGAUGAGGACAGUAGAAAGCUAUCAGAACUGACUGAUGACAAUGCAGAUAAUGUUCGUACUGGUUUAACCCCUAGAUGGAGCGAUUUGGACCUAAACCAGCAUGUUAAUAAUGUGAAAUAUGUGGGAUGGAUUCUUGAGUGUGUUCCAUUACCUAUCUUGGAGACUCGUGAACUUGCUGGCAUUACUCUCGAGUACAGGAGGGAAUGUAUGAUGGAUAGUGUGGUGCGAUCCCUUACUUCCGUGGUGAGCAACGGUGUUGGUGACUUGGCAAGUUCUGGUAAGGUUGAGUGCCAGCAUUUGCUUCAACUGCAAACCGGGCCUGUAAUUGUCAAGGGGAGGACUGAUUGGAGGCCGAAAAAAUCUAACUCAGAAGUCUCCAAAAUUUGAGCUUAACUAUUUAUGUUAAAUGGCGAAUUUACGAACUCCACGUAAGGAAAAAGUAUUGCAACUUCCAAAGUUAUUUUGUGCAAUAAUGACCAUUUUUUUUUAUAA